UCAAAACCAGUGUAAGUUAAUAAGUAUUCAAGAAUGUACCUCAUUUUUUGGACCUUGCUCCUUCUGUGUAUUCUCAACAAUCAGAAAGUGUGUUGUCACGAAUUAUUCAAAGUGGAAUUCGAGUGGAGCCACAUCAAUUAUUUGUGGCCAUCAAAUUUGGAGUACCUUGAAGCUUCGGCAAAGGGGAAAUACAUUCCAGAAAAUGUUGUUUUCACUGGUAUAAAAGUAUACAGAGAUAAACUCUUUCUAACAACUCCAAAAUACAGACCAGGCGUACCAGCUACUUUGACGUACAUUCCACUACGUUCAAACAAAAAAGUCAACCAGCCACUAAUUCCUUAUCCUGACUGGGAAAUGAACAAUGAUAGCUACUGCGGACAUUUACAGAGUGUUCAAAGUAUGGAGAUUGACCCGCAAGGAAUUAUGUGGGUCAUAGAUGGCGUAAGAAUCCAGUACAAUACCAACUGUCCCUGCAAGUUGUUGCUUCUUGACCUCAAUAACUCUGGAAAGGUUAUUCACAAGUACGUUUUUCCAAAUGAGGUCUGUCUAGGCAACGGUGCCUUUCUCAAUGACAUAGUUUUGGACGGAGAUCAUGCUUAUAUGACAGACAAUUCUUAUAUCGAUCCUGGGUUGAUUGUAUACUCAAGGAAGGCUAAUCAAGCAUGGAAGCUGAGAGAUAGAUCAAUGUUUCCCGAGGAAAAUGCCCCUAAGUUCUCCGUAGAUGGCACACCUGUCACGCUGAAAGUGGCAAUUGACGGUAUUGCCUUGUCUCCCAAAACAGUAGGAAGAUCUGUUGAUAGGACAUUGUACUACAGUCCCGUUACUGGUUAUGAUUUGUUCAGCAUUCAAACUAGCGUUUUGAAAAAUUUUAGUCUGUUUCAGAAUGCGAAAUUCAGGGAUAAAAUAAAAUUGAUUGGCAGAAAACAAGGCGCUACGGAUGGCAUGAUGAUGGAUAACGUAGGAAAUCUAUUUUACACUCUGGUAUCUCAUAACGCAGUUGGUAGGUGGAAUAUCAAAACUCCCUUCAAAAAUGCGACAAUAUUGUAUCAGAAUAAUAGUUCGAUGAUCUGGCCUGAUACCUUCGGAAUGACUCAGAGUGGAUACCUUUAUAUGACUUCCAAUUAUGUUUCCAACUACCUCGACCCCAAUGUGGAACUGAAGUUGUCUUCUACCAUCAAAUUCCGAGUGUGGAAGUUCCAUAGUGGGACGAUGAGCUAUAUGUAUGACUGAGAAGAUUCCAAUUUUAUUUUUUUCAUUAUUUGUUACGGAGAAUAAAGAUAAGCAAAUAUUCGAAAACUGUAAUUGAUUAUUCAAAAUAUUGCUCAUACUUUGAGAAUUACAUUUCCAUACAAAUCG